GCUAGUCGUCUAGUGCUAUAUUAUAUGUCGAUGUUGUUAUGCAACACGUAAGCGGAGCUAACCUCACUGUCGGUUUUGAUAAUCGGUGUUUAUAAGAUCUUGGAACCCACGUAAUCGUCAGAAAAAUCAUGGCGCGAGUACCAGAGAUCCCGGACACCAAGGCCAUGGAUGGGGACAGGCCCAUGUCCAUAGUGCGUCGUGUGGGACGCGAAAGGGAGCGGAUGCUGGGAAUGACGGACGAGGAGCGGGCGUGGAGGAAGAAGUGGUUGGACGCUCAGAAACUCGCGCCCGAGGAGCCGGUGAUGCCCAAAGGCUACUACGAACAGAUGUACAAUCCGAUCAGGCGAUUCUACAUGGCACCCAUGAACAAAGUCCAGAACAUGCUGGAACCGUUUAUUGGUAAAACAUCAGCGUACGUGCUGCGGCACACUCUGACCAGAAUGGCAAUGGGUACCUUUGCAAUCUAUUGUAUCUAUUAUCAUCUCAAGUACAACAGAAUGCUUGACCUAAGAAACGACGGUCGAUCCAGGUAUCAGUAUCGUUCUAUUGAGAUCGAAACCAGGUUGAUGAAGCACGCGCACGGAUCAGCGAGAUUACGCAUAGGCAACAUCACGGAUGUAUUGGUCGGCGUGAAACUGGAGAUCGACACGCCGUAUGCCGAAAGACCAAAUGAGGGCAAAUUAGACUUUUUCGUAGACUGCUCCGCUAACGCUACGCCGGCAUUCGAAGGCAAAGGCGGGGACGAUUUGGCGACCGAGAUAAGUAACGUCCUUUCCAUGGCUUAUCAGACGCCAGAUGCCUUCGAUUUGAAACAGCUGUGUAUAAUACCUCAUAAGAAGUGUUGGAAAAUGUACGUGGAUAUCUUGAUCCUUCAAUGCGGCGGAAAUCUAUUCGACGCUGUGGGUGCUGCGGUGAAGGCGGCGUUGUACAAUACUGAAAUUCCGAGGGUGAUCACAGCAAUGCUCGACGGUGGCGAGCCGGAUAUUCAGGUGUCGGACGAUCCUUACGACUGUAUCAAGCUGGAUGUUACGAAUUAUCCGUUGGUAGUAACAGUAUGCAAGAUUGGAGACAAUUUCGUGAUAGAUCCAACGUUGGAAGAAGAAUCCUGCAGUGCGGCUAGUAUCCUCAUGUCCGUGAUGCCGAAUGGCAAGGUGACAUCCGUGGUCAAGCUGGGAUACGGUAGCUUGCUGCCUAGUACCUUGAUUAAGAUGUUGCAGGUUGGAAAGGAUAUUGGCCUCAAGCUAAACGAAACACUUAUGAAAGGAUUGGAGGAGGAAAAUAAGCUCGGCCAAACGAAACCUAUAUUUGGCUUUCUUAGAUAAUAACGCGCGCGUGGACGUUGUCAUGGACUUCAGAAGAUACAAAUAUAUUUUUUUUAGAUUCUUAAUUGUGGACUUGUUAAGUUGCGCAGUGUUUCUCGUUAUUUAUAUAACUUCUAAUGUUACGAUGCAACUGUGUUAUUUUUAGGGGGGCCUGCUAGUUGUCUUCCAGAGAUACACAUGUGUACUACACACUACAUUUCUUUGAAAAGAUUUAGUGUUAGUACGAAUGCUAAAAUUGCGUGAAAUUUUUCUAAACUCGUAGUGUUUUUCAUACUUGCAAAAUUCUACAUAUAAAGCUGCGAGAGCAUACUUUUUACUAGUGUAACAAUAUUCAGUAAUUAAUUGUGUAUGUAUGUGUGUAUUUGUGUGUGUGUGUGUGUAACUUUGCAAAGCAUAAUUUGGAAAUUAUUACGGACUUUGAAAAAAAAUUCUUAUGAGGCGUUGUGAAAGAUAUGUGUAUGUGUAAUGGUAGAGCAAUGAAUCAGUCAAAUAAAUGAUACUAGAGACAUGUGUAUAGA